CCGUGAGUAAAAAAACUAAAAAGUCUGCUGUGCACCGUCGACUUUCCACAAAAUCCAUAAGAGAGAAGGGAGUUUUGGAGGGGUGGAAAUUAAACCCUAACUAUGGUGAACUGACGGAGCUCUCUAUGGCUCAGAAUGAUACGUCCUCGUUUUCAUCCAAAGUGGUGGCGCCCUCCCGCCCCACCAUUGCUCUUCCCCCUCGCUCCUCCAUGGACGCCUUCUUCUUCGCCGCCACCAGUCCCGGCCCUAUGACCCUCGUCUCCAGCUUCUUCUCCGACAAUUACCCCGACUCCGACUGCCGCUCCUUCUCUCAGCUCCUCGCCGGCGCCAUGGCUUCCCCAGGCGCCAGGCCCACUUUGCUCUCCGGUAAUUCCACCAACCACGAGGGUUCUGGAGAUGGAGCUGAUAAGAGCAGUUUAGGGUUCAGGCAGAACCGCCCCUUGAGUUUGGCGGUUGCUCGGUCGCCGAUGUUUUCCAUUCCCCCUGGGUUGAGCCCUUCAGGACUGCUCAAUUCGCCGGGCUUCUUUUCUCCCCUCCAGAGCCCGUUUGGAAUGUCCCAUCAGCAAGCCUUGGCACAAGUUACAGCCCAGGCUGCAUUUUCCCAGUCUCAUAUGUUCAUUCAAGCAGAGUAUCAACCUUCUUCAUUGGAAGCUCCUGUGGAAUCACUGGCACAAGAUCCAUCCUUUAUCACCGAUGCAACUACACACCAGCAGGUGCCACCACUACCAUCAGACCCUAAGAGUUCCAUGACGGAGUCAUCAGAAGUCUCUCAUUCUGACAGGAAAUCCCAACCUCCCUCUCUUGUUGUUGAUAAGCCGGGUGAUGAUGGCUACAACUGGCGGAAAUAUGGGCAGAAGCAGGUCAAAGGGAGUGAGUAUCCUCGAAGCUACUACAAAUGUACACAUCUGAAUUGCCCCGUCAAGAAAAAGGUUGAGCGUUCUCAUGAUGGUCAAAUAACUGAGAUUAUCUAUAAAGGGCAGCACAACCAUGAAGUGCCAAAACCUAAUAAGCGUGCAAAGGAUGGCAAUGAUCUAAAUGGACAUGCAAACUCUCAGUCUAAGCCUGAACUUGGUUCUCAAGGUCAGAUGGGAAGUUUAAACAGGCCAAAUGAAACUGUACCUGCUAAUUCAGUGCCUGGGAUGGAUCAGGAAACUUCCCAAGCAAUGCCUUUGCAGGUAAAUGGGUCCAGUGACAGUGAGGAAGUGGGUGAUGCUGAAACUAGAGUAAAAGAGGAUGAUGAUGAUGAUGAACCAAAUCCCAAGAGAAGGAACACAGAGGUUGCAGCACCUGCUGAGGUAGUAUCAUCACACAAGACAGUCACUGAACCAAGGAUCAUUGUGCAGACAAGAAGUGAAGUUGAUCUUUUGGAUGAUGGCUACAGGUGGCGCAAGUAUGGGCAAAAAGUGGUCAAAGGGAAUCCUCAUCCAAGGAGCUAUUACAAAUGCACUAGCCUGGGCUGUAAUGUACGUAAACAUGUUGAGAGGGCUUCAACAGAUCCUAAAGCUGUGAUAACAACAUAUGAGGGGAAGCACAAUCACGAUGUCCCAGCAGCUAGAAACAGCAGCCACAACACUGCCAACAGUAAUGCAACACAGCUAAAACAGCAUAAUGUGGUGGCUGAGAAGCGUGCCUUACUCAAAGAGAUGGGUUUCAGAAACAAGGAUAAAAAACCUGUUGCACUUUUACAACUGAAAGAGGAGCAGAUUGCGGUGUAAAUUGCCAAGUUGAAACCUAUUCCACUAAGGUCACAGGGUUGUCCCAAACCAACUAACACAGUACAAAUGAAGGAAUUAAGGAAAAGGAAGAAAUUCAAAACCUGCAGGAGAAAUCAGAAGAAAAGGAAGAAACCAUCGAAAGCUGUAUGAGAAAUAAGGGCUAAACCUUUGCUGCAUAUAUAAUUUAUAAAAAAAAUUGCAUGCUGUAUGUACUUUCUUCUUGUACAUCAAUCAGAAAUGAUGUAUAUGAUUGUUCAGUUUUUCAUACAUAGAUGACUAGCAUAUGUUUGAAUCUAGUUUUAAGCUUCCUUGCCUUCUUGGCUGCUUGUUUCUCCCUCCCUAUUAGGGCUGCUAUGUAAAGGGCUAGUCAAUGUGGAAGUUAGAGAAUAACCAUCCUAAUUAAAGAGGCAGAGCACCCUGGAAUCGUCUCUAUGUUGUAUUUUAUUUUGCUAUCAUUCAAUAAAUGCAAUGGUGUUUGUGCAUGGUC